CAUGCGCAGAAGACGUGGCAGCCUGCGCAAGGAUUGAGGAGGCGGUUCUGUGGGUCGGGGUGGUUGGGCUGCAUUCUCGGUCGUCAAGAUGGACGAGGACAUUUUGACUACGCUGAAGAUCCUCAUCAUUGGCGAGAGCGGCGUCGGCAAGUCCAGCCUUCUAUUACGAUUCACAGAUGAUACAUUUGAUCCAGAACUUGCAGCAACAAUUGGUGUUGACUUCAAAGUGAAAACAAUUUCAGUUGAUGGAAAUAAGGCUAAGUUGGCGAUCUGGGAUACUGCUGGUCAGGAACGAUUUAGAACACUAACACCAAGUUAUUACAGAGGAGCACAGGGUGUUAUAUUAGUUUAUGAUGUCACAAGAAGAGACACUUUUGCUAAACUGGACAACUGGCUUACCGAAUUGGAAACGUAUUGCACAAGAAAUGAUAUAGUUAAGAUGUUAGUUGGAAACAAAAUUGAUAAGGAAAAUAGAGAAGUUGACAGAAAUGAAGGACUCAAGUUUGCCCGGAAACAUUCCAUGUUGUUCAUCGAGGCAAGUGCAAAAACAUGUGAUGGUGUACAGUGUGCCUUCGAAGAACUUGUUGAGAAAAUCAUUCAGACUCCUGGACUGUGGGAAAGUGAGAGCCAGAACAGAGGUGUAAAGUUAUCAAACCAUGAAGAAGGCUAUCGUGGAGGUGCCUGUGGGGGCUACUGUUCUAUGUUAUAAACUCCAGAAGACUUGUCCUUUGGCUUAUUUAAAUGAAUAGUGAUGUCCUCUGUACAUAAACUCAUAUCUGCUAUUUUAGGGACCUUGCAGUUUGCACAUAUUUGUUGAAUAUCAUGGCAGUGAACAUUUUUUUAGGAAAAUGUGGUCUGCAGCUUUUCCAGUUAAGAAAUGUUAUGGUAAGCAUGCCUAAUUUGCAACUUCCAGAUUCUUUUAUAUGUAGCAUAAGGUACCUUGUGCAGGAACAAACACACUCAAAUUUCACAACCUUAAUUAUCAUGGAACUACUUACAAGGCUAUCUCAAAUACACUUAGACUGCGUUCUGCCUGAUUUUGGUCAUUAACUCUGAACUAUAGCACUACUACAGACACGUAUCUCUGAAAUGAUUCAAGUGGGUAUUUGUAGAAUUUGCCCAUUUCAUGGGCAAAUGCUUUUCUCUCAGUUCAACAUCAUAACACAAAUAUCUCUUUUUUAGCUUUAAGGAGCCCUUUCCAGCUUGUGACAGUUACAGAUUUGUGCUUUUUGGGAGGGUGCUUCUAAAAUUACUUGGAAUUUUAAAAUCCUCAUUCCAGUGAAUAGUUGUCUAAAGGAAAUUUUAACCCUGAUGGAUUUAUAAUUGCUCUCAGUUACACUAUUGUUUUUAUGAUGCUGUGUGCUUUGGACGUGCAGGAGCAGUUCUUUUCUUUUUGGUUAUAAGGGCUUGACUGUUGGGUCACUUUGCCAAACUUGGAAUGCUUCUUUCUAAAUGUUGAUUACUUCGUUUUCAGUAAUUCACUGUUGCACAUGCGCGGCUGUCAGGCCUGAAUCUGAUGACUGUUCUCUUUGUACUGUUGGUUCUGAAGCUUAAAUAAUGCGUACAAACUGUGUUCUGACUGUGUGUAAAGGAAGUGAUCUGUUUUGGGUUUGCUGUUACAAAAUGCCAAUAGCUGGCUUUGUUUCAGAGAACCUACAUAGACUAAUAAAUUUUUUCACAGUAUUCAAUAUUUUCUAACAUCCUCCUCAUGUAUAGGUGAGUUUUAUAAGGUACAGCUCCAGAAUACUUCUGGAAAAACACCAACCCUGUCAUAGAUGACACUUAAUGGCUACAAAUACAACAGGGUGCUAAUCUAUUGCACAUUAUGAGCUACGGUGCAGCUUCCUGUAAAUAGAUAUACUAAAAUACCUUUAUAAUGUUGCACCUCUUUUGUACGCUGCGUACAGUCUUUGAUCGUUCACAGGAACGUCAACUUUUGCCAUUUUGCUCAUUAAAAAAAACUUUUCAACUUUUACACUUGUGAGGAAACAUGAUCAAAGGUUUGAGAAGUUAAAACAUGAUGUCGGUUUUUAAGCAAACAUUGUACCACUAGAAAUGUAAGUUAAAACUGUGUAAAUAAAUGUUCACACACUUCAUGUGACACACAACCUUCAA